UAACAAAGCCUUAGCAAAUUCAUUGUUGCGUGCAAGAGAUGAUGAUGAUUAGAAUGACAUCAAAAUACACUUUUUAGAGUAAAAACCUUUACCUCUGGCCAUGUGAAGGCCAAGGAGAAAGCAGCAGUGAAAUGGUAUAUAAAUGUCUGUGAGAGCUAUUGACAGAGGGACUGUGCAUAGGAUAUGCUCUGGGCAAGUGGUGCUCAGUCUCGCAGUGGCAGUUAAAGAACUAGUGGAAAACAGUUUGGAUGCUGGAGCAACAACCAUAGAGGUUCGGCUAAAGGAGCAUGGCUCUGAGCUGGUGGAGGUGAUUGAUAAUGGAGGUGGAGUCACAGAUGACAAUUUCCAGGCUCUCGCUCUAAAACACCACACGUCAAAGAUCUCCGAUUUCUCCGACCUGGAAAUGGGCGUUGCAACAUUUGGAUUCCGGGGGGAAGCACUGAGCUCCCUCUGUGCACUGAGUGAUUUGAGCAUCACUACAUGUCAUGUGACAGCUAAAGUGGGCACAAAGUUGGAGUAUGACAAUCAUGGGCAGAUCAAGUCAAAAACACCUUGUGCAAGACAGGCUGGUACAACUGUCUCUCUGAAGAACCUGUUCCAUUCUCUCCCAGUGCGUAGAAAAGAGUUCAUCAGGAAUAUCAAGAAGGAUUUUGUGAAGAUGGUUCAGUUGCUCCAGGGCUAUUGUGUAGUGAGCACAGGAGUGAAGAUCACAUGCCACAACCUCACCAAGAAAGGUGGCAAGCAGGUGGUCCUCUCUACCAGUGGUAAUCCUAACCUCAAAGACAACAUCACUGACGUAUUCGGAGCCAAACAGUUCUCUCAGCUGGUAGAGAUUGUCCCAUGCUCACAUGACGAUGUACUAGCAGCAGAAGGAGAGUCUGCUCAGUCCAUUGAGAACACUAACCUAUUCAAACUCAGUGGAUAUGUGUCUCGUUGUAACCAUGGCUACGGACGUGGAUCUACAGAUCGACAGUUUUUCUUCUUCAAUAACCGACCCUGCGAUUACUCCAAGUUGAGCAAGCUGGUGAACGAGGUGUACCACUGUUACAACAGACACCAGUACCCGUUCAUAGUGCUCUGCAUCGCCACACCUAGAGAGCAUGUUGAUGUCAACGUGACCCCUGACAAGCGUAAGGUGAUGCUGCAUCAAGAGAAGGCUCUCCUGCUGUUGAUUAAAGUAACACUGAAGAAGUUGUUUGAGCCAAUGCAAGGCGUGUACGACACCAGUGACCACACCCCUAGCCCAGCCCACACUGCUGACUCAGCAGUAUCAUCGGCAAAGGACACACCCUCUACUCGAGGAUCACUCAAACGAUUCCUCCAUGGAGCUGAUAACACAGCCAGUCAACCACAAUCAAAACAGGCCAAACUAUCUGACUAUGGUGUGACCCGACCAACCCCCGACCUUAACUCAUCACUAAGUGACCGGGAGUCCCCCAUCUUAUCAACACAUAUCUUUGUAGAAGAGAUGGAAACACGUGACCCAGCAGUUGCUAUGGACACCGAGUAUGUGAUUACCGAUUCAACAAAAAGUCCCUCCGAAAUAUCCACUUUGAGUAGUGGCUCCGCUGGAAUUAAUGAUGUUCACGAAACUGAAACUGACAGUUUGAGAAUAGACACACCUGUUACAGUAGUGGAUGAUUUGGUGGAGCCCAUUUCUAAUGUUGGAUCAAGCCACGAAGAUAAUAUUAUGAUUAACUCUUGUAAUGUUAAGGAAACAGUAGGAGCUGAAACAAACGCUAUCAGUUUCAAUCUAAUCACUUCAUCCGGUACAACAGUUCCUCCCACGAAUAUAAUUAAUAGGAAUUCUGCUGCCAAAUCCAAAGCUAAAACUAUCACUCCACAUAAUUUAAAGUCACCUCAAUACGAACCACCAUUGACACAGUCUGUAUCUUUUGACCUCCGAGCGGUUGCUAAGCGACUGGAGGCGGCGCAGUUAUCGAGGGACGGUGAGAGUGUUGGUGGUGGGAGGUGUUUCCGAGCCAAGAUCACGCCAUCUUCUAACAAGGACGCUGAAAAUGAAUUGAGGAAAGAGAUAAGGAAAAGUGAUUUUUCGAAGAUGAAAGUGCUGGGACAAUUCAACCUUGGUUUCAUCAUCACCAGACUCGGGAGUGAUCUCUUCAUUGUGGACCAGCAUGCUACUGAUGAGAAGUAUAACUUUGAGCGACUUCAGAGAGAGAUGGUUAUAAAGCACCAGAAGCUGAUCAGCCCAAUCCCGCUGGAAUUGACAGCUGUACACGAGAAUGUCGUCAUUGACAAUCUCUCGCUGUUUGAGAUGAAUGGCUUUCACUUUGAGAUUGACCACAAUGCUUCACCGUGUAAGAGGAUAAAGCUCACUUCUAAACCAGUCUAUGGGGGCCAAUGGUCACUAGGGCCCAAAGAUAUUGAUGAGCUGGUAUUCUUGCUCUCAGAUAGUGGAGUCUCAGAGGGAGAGAUUGUGAGGCCCAGUGCAGUGAGAGCUUACUUUGCCUCAAGGGCUUGCAGAACAUCUAUUAUGAUUGGAACUGCAUUAAAAGUAUCUGAAAUGAGCAAGCUUAUUUACCAUAUGGGAGAGAUGGAGCAACCAUGGAACUGUCCCCACGGACGCCCGACCUUCAGACAUGUUGUGGAUCUAUCCAGACUGAACAUUGACCCACUAUAGCUAGUCAGUCAGUGUAUCAAUGUAUCAGUGCAGUGUACCGGUAUGUGUUUAUGUGGUUCAAUGAAG